AUGGAAAAGAACAUCAUCGAAUCGACAUCUAACAGCAGCCAGGGAAGCCGAAGCUCCCAAGCCUCACAGCAAGGCGCACCUAAUCCUUAUGAGAGGGACUUCAACUCAUACACACGUCCAGUGGGACAUGAACGAAACACCCGAGCACCGAAAGUCCCCGUGAAGAAGGAUUCACGUGGGUCUGAUGCGACAUACCAGAAAGCACUCGAAGCGAUGUCAGCUCAGGAGAGCUCCAGCGACGAUCUAAAACGAUCUCCCGCGCCUGCGGCGGGAAGUAGUGAGGUGAACCAGCAGGUCACCAAAGAAGGAACGAGCUCGGAACGAGCUACAGAGAUGGAUCUGACAUCGCAAAAGGAUGUAACCGCCCAGGAUAAGAAGGAGAACCUGGAUAAAACCGAUCUCAACGAGCAGUUAAAGAUCACAUCUGACGAUCUCAAUGAACUCAAUCUAGAUGACCUCACACUUGGAGAUGAAACAACAACUGAGGAUAUCUUCGAGAGUCCAAUGGCAUCUGAUGAGAUGAUGUCCAAUCGCGGGAACGAAGAAUCGUACUUCACAGAGGAUGAGAUUACAUUGAAUAUGUCGUUUAAAACGGCCAUGAAGGAAGCUGAUCGAGCUCAGGGAAUAACAUCCUUCGAGGACAUCCCUGAAAGUCUGAUUGAAAGUAAUCAGACAGGAAAGAUCGUCAAUUCGCGCAUCUAUGACUUAGAACAACAACAGAGUGCUCUUGAGAGCUCAGCGGAAGAAUGGAAAGUUCAAUAUGAACGCCAAGUACAGAUUGCUGAAGAAUCGGUGAAGAUAGCCGAUGAUAGGGAGAUGGAAGGUUACAUAGCUGUCAACGAACUUAAUGAGAGCAUGUCCGAAGAGACAGCCAAAAGGUCACGGCACAUGGCCAAACUGAAAGAUCAAUGCGAUGAAUUGCCGGUGAAUAAGGACAUGUUUAAACUCAAGGAUGACCUGAAGCUACGAGAUGAGAACAUUGAAACGCUUCAAAAAGAAUCGGCAGAUCAUCAGAAACGAGCUGACGAUGCCCUCAAAGUGGCACAAGAUCUGCGAGAGCUCCUGGCUACGGAAGGUGAGCUGCUCAAGGAGGAUAUCAACAAGGUCACUGAGGAGAACGAACAGCUCAAAGAAGCUGGUCAGAGAGCGGCCGAAUGUGGCCAAAGAUGGGAAGAUGAAGCACGACGACUAGACACGAAGGUGACAAAAGUCGAAUUGGAGAGCAAAGAGCAUCAGAAAAAGAUCCGCGAGCUGACAGACGAGAACAUAAAGCUCAACACGGAACUGGUCGAUAUGACGCAAACGGCGAUGACUCACCAAUAUGAAAUCACCCAGUCAAGGAAGCAGCUGAAGGUGGCAGCAGAUGCUUAUGCACAACUGGAACAACAAAUGAAUCAGCUGAUUGAACAGAUCCGACAGAGGGAAACAGAUGAAAAGGAGCUCAACGAGGAAACGAUUCAACGACAGAACUUUGCCCACAUGCUCAAGCAGGAGCGAGAUCAGUUGAGAACGGAGAAUGAGCAGCUCACCUUCAGAAUUAAACGUCUGGAAGAUGAGAACAGAGGUCUGCAGGUAACAAAUAAGCACAGAGAAGAGCUACUCCUGCAAAGAGGAAGUGCGAAAAGAGAUACCGCUGACACGCCCCCGCCCAGCCACAGUAAGGCACAAGAAGCGGGCGGGAGCUUCCAUUUCGAGAUGCCACUGCGAACGGGCGGUGGCACAGGGGGGCUGAAAACGGAAGGAGAUGGAGAAACCACGGACAAUAAGAAGCCAUCAAGUAGUCACCAGCCACACAUGAACUUCGGUGACCCUUCACAAUUCCAACAGCCUAUUGAAACAGCAGUCAAGGAUGGUGCAAAUCAGGAUGCACGCUCCCCACGGCACGAACAUGACGGAAGAUACUUCCGCGAAUAUCAAAAUGAACGUAAUCAACGAGAUGACCGGAAUGAAAAUCGAGGGCAACGGGAGUUCAACAGAUCCAUCAGAAAUAUGGGCCGCAAAACCGUUCUUGCGACUUUCGACGGCAACCGCGCCGCGGUAAGCUGA